UGAUGGAUUCAGAUGAAGAAAAGCAAGUAGAUCUUCCACCUAUUCGAGUAAGAAGUUCAGAAUUGAAUCCAAAGUUUAUGAAAGACAUCUUAUUAAGUAAGUAGAUCAUUUAUCAUAUUCUUUUAGAAUUAGAUGAAUUAUUCAAAAAAUAUACGUUGGAUAAGGAUAUUUGUGUUGAAUUGGUCAAACAUGUGAAAACUAAUCCUGAAUAUAAGAAAAGUAUAAACUAUUAUUUUAUAAAAAUAGAGGGUGAAGGUGAAUGGCAAUGCAUUAUUGGAUCUAACUUUGGAUGUUCCUUAAGUUAUGAUUUAGAACUUUUAACUUUUUUUGAUUUUUUAUCUAAUGGGAAAUCAAUACUCCUCUUCAAGUCAGGAUGAA